CUUUAUGUCCGGGGAUUUGAUUGGCUGACGGUCACGUCGGUCGGACUGUCUGUGCGGCCGCAGGUCGGAUGCUGAGCGCGCGGUGAUAGUGAGUUAGUGAAGGUGCUUCUCACAGUGACGCUUUUCGUUGUCUGCACAUUUAUUUUUAUGCCUUGCAUUGGAUUGAGCUGCCCAUCUCUUUUUUGGAUGCAAUAUACGUUUUAUCUAUAUUAUGAACUUGCAACUUGAAGUUUUUUUUUAACUUUUCGUGGAGUAUUAAAGUGCAAAAACCUACUUUCUAGAUAUAUGAUUUAUUACGGGGCGGAUAGAAGCGUGUGCGAUCUUGUUAACUAAACGAGCGCAAGGUAACUAUUUUGCAGAUAAGUAAUCUCGGUUACUUUCUUCAUUAGUACAGCAUGAACUUUCCAGUUCAUGUUGAUGAAAUGCUUUGAAAGGACUGGUCGACCGCUAAGGUAACUGUUGAAAAGUAACCCGAUCUCUGUCAUUUUGAUCCGAAAGGUAUAGUAGUGUGGCUGCUGAAUUUCUAUCGCUUAUAAAUGGGAUUUCGAAGUGUGGACUUGGUGUCGCCCCAUAAUGACAAGCGUUUUUUACUUGGAGCAAAGCGCAUGGAACUGGACGUGAUUUGUAGAUAUAUUUUCUGGAUAUAAAAACGCUGUGAACCUGAAUACUACCUGUUUUUAAAAAUGGAUGUUACGGUGUCUGAACUGAUGGAAAACUUCUUGGAUUCCCCUCUGGUUGCAUGGAUGAUGCGCACAAUGAUAGCGACGCAAUCAAGCAUCACUGCAAUGUGAAGACCUUCGGAGCGCUUGGUGCUGGUUCUGAAGAUAAGCUCGCGAUGUUCAUGGACCUGGUGGACGGGGAAUUUCUGCACAAGAUAAUGACUGACAUUGAUCCAAGUCCCACAUAUCAGCGAGCGAACAAGAAUGUCAACAACGAUGUCAACCUUCGUAUACAGAACCUGAACAUUUUGAUAAGACGCAUCAAAAGCUACUAUCAGGAGAAUCUACAGCAGCUUAUCGUCAUGAACCUGCCCAACGUGCUGGCCAUCAGCAAGGACCCCCUGUCAGCGAAAAGCAUGGAAGAAAUGAAGAGGCUGCUUCUGCUAAUGCUGGGAUGCGCUGUACAGUGUGAGCAAAAAGAGGAGUUUAUCGAGAAGAUCAAGUCGCUGGAGAUCGAAACGCAGGCCGCCAUCGUCACACACAUACAGGAGGUGACCCACAACCAGGAGAAUGUGCUGGACAUGCAGUGGAUGGACCUGGCGGAGCUGCCGGCCCCGGAGCUGGACGUGCUGUCCCGGGACAUGGUGUCUCACCUGCGCAAGCUCAUCGACGAGCGGGACGAUUUCGCAGAGGUGAUCGUGGAGCUGACCCAGGAGAGGGACUACCUACAGUCCCAGCAGAUAUCCGGCGGCUCCCGGAACUCGAACCCGGAGCAUCCGGCGGUGCCGCUCAGCAAGGAGGACAGGCAGCACUUGACCGUGGAGCUGGCAGACAGCAAGGCCAGGCUGCGGCGUUCCCGGCAGGAGCUGGAGGAAAAGACGGAGCAGCUGAUUGACGCCAAGAGCGAGAUCGAGAGGCUGGACAUGGAGAUCCAAAAACUCAAGCAAGAGAACACGCAGCUGGUGGUAGAGGCCCGGUCCGCUCGUGUGUAUCGGGACGAGCUGGACGCGCUGCGGGAGCGAGCGGGUCGCGUGGACCGGCUGGAGACUGAGCUGACCCGCUGCAAGGAGAAGCUACACGACGUCCACUUCUACAAGACCCGCGUGGAGGAACUGCGGGAGGACAACCUGACUCUGCUGGAGACGAAGGCCAUGCUGGAGGAGCAGCUGGUGGGGGCCCGGGGGCGCUGUGACAGGCUUCACGAGCUGGAGAAGGAGAACCUGCAUCUGCGUUCCAAGCUGCACGAUGUGGAGAUGGACCGCGACGCGGACAAGAAGCGCAUCGAGGAGCUGGUGGAGGAGAACAUGGCACUGGAGAUCUCGCAGAAGCAGAGCAUGAACGAGUCGGCCCAUCUGGGCUGGGAGCUCGAGCAGCUGGCCAAGAACAGCGAAGCCAGUGAAACCCGCAAAUCGUUCGUGCUGGAGCUGAAUGAGUCCGUGUCCAGCCGCUUGCUGAAGCUGGAGAAGGAGAACCAGGGCCUCCAGAGCACCAUCCAGGAGCUGCGGGAGGCCUCGGUGUCUCUGGAGGACGGCUGCCUGCGUGCCCAGGAACUGGAGAAGGAGAACCAGGGCCUCAGCAAGAAGCUGGAGAGGCUGCAGACGCUGCUGGACGAGGAAAAGCAGGCCACCAAAGAUGUGGAGAAGUUAGGAGAUGAGCUGCGUAAGGACAAGCAGAGGCUGCAGAAGAGCCUGGAGACGGUUCAGGCUGACGGGGACAGACAGAUCUUGGAACUGGAGCAGGAGAAGCAGCAUCUGAGCCAGGCGGUGGCCUCCCUCCGCAAGCGAGCCCAGGCCGACAGCGAGGCCCGCGUGCGGGAGGUGGAGAAAGAGAACCGCAUCCUUCACCAGACCAUCUCAGACACGGGUGGCAAACUGACCCGCCUGGAGGCGGAGAAGAGGCAGGCCGUGAAGGAGUCGGAACAGCUUCGCGAGCAGGCCGAGCGGGCCGAGGACCUGGAUAUGGAGCUGGCCCGUCUGGAACGAGGCCGCGAGCUGCUGCAGAAGCAGGUGGCCGCCUUGCAGAUCACCUGCGACAAGGCCGAGGCCCUGGGGCAGGAGAACGCCGCCCUGGAGCAGGACAACCGGAGGCUGAAGAAGCUGGCCGAUGCGGCCAGGAACUCGGCGCUGCGUCUAGAGGCGCUGGAGAAGGACCACCAGCAGCUGGCCGAGGAGAACCUGGACCUCCGCCGCAAGCUGGAGGCGCUGAAGGCGGCCGACGUAAAGCUGUCACAGCUCCAGCAGGAGAAUGCGGAGCUGGAACGCGAACGGGAGCAGCUGAGCUGCGACGUCAACGACCUCCGGGCCCUGGGGAAGAAGGCCGAGCGCCUGGAGCUCAGCUGCCAGAGCCUGAGCUUGGAGAAGCAGCGGCUGCAGAGGUCACUGGACGACAGCACUGCCAAGGCCCAGGGGCUGGAGAGGGAGCUGAGCGAGGCGGAGGGGGAGAGUCAACAGCUGCGUAGGGAGCUGGAGGAGCUGCGAGCCGCUGGCAGGCGUCUGGAGGGCCUGGAGGCGGAGAGACGGCGGGCAGACCAGGAGCUGGCGCAGAUGGAGAAGGAGCGCAAGCAGCUGGAGAAGGAGGCUCGGAGACUCCGGCAGCAGCUGGAGGUGAAGGAGGCUGCGCUGGACGAGAGCAGUCUGCGGCUGACCAGCCUGGAGAAGGAGAACAGCGCUCUGGACAGGGAGCUGAACCGUCUGAAGGAGACUGCCAGCAGGGUGAAGGAGCUGGAGUGGGAGAACAAGGAGCUACAGAAACAGGCCACCAUUGACAAGAGGACCCUGGCCACUCUUAGGGAGGAUCUGGUGAAUGAGAAGCUGAAGGUCCAGCAGCAGUGGAACGAGCUGGAAGCCCUGAAUCAGGAGCUAGAGAAGAUCGGGCUGAACCGGGAGAAGCUCCUGCAGGAGGAACACAGCUCUGAGGACAGCAAAUACAAGAUCCUUGAGACAAAGAUUGAGUCAGCACUGAAGACGACCUUGGAGAUCCGUGAGGAGAAGAUCCAGGCUCUGGAGUCUCGUCUGGAGGAGUCGGGCAGCUUGAAUCAGCAGCUACGUGUGGAGCUUAUGACUGUGAAGAGGAACCUGGAGGCCCUAAAGCAGAGACAGGAGGAGGAGGCCCAUUCCCAGGCUGCAGACCAGGCACAGGAGGGGCCAGGCCUGGAGAAAUGGAGCGCAGAGCAGAGAGAGGCCACAGCGCAGCUUCUCCGACUCAAAGACCGACUCAUCGACAUUGAGAAGAACAAUGCCGCACUGCUGACAGAGAAGCAGCUGUUGAAGGAGCAGCUCAGGCAGCUGGACUCGCAGAACACGCAGCUGAACGCGCAGCUCCUGGGUCUGCAGAGGCAGUCGGCCUCGCAGCAAGAGCACAGCACGGCUCUGCACACGCAGAUGGCUCAGCUGCAGGUGGAGAAAUCCACACUGAGCUCCCAGGGCGCCUCCCUGCUGGCCCAGAACGCUGCACUGCAGGGCCAGGUGCAGACACUAGAGGGCGAGCUGGAGGCCCUGCAGCGGCAGAGGGAGGAGGUGAGGACGGCCCACGAGGGCAUCCUGCUGGACCACGAGCGCCUGCUGACCGUCCACGAGCAUCAGGCCGCCGAAUACGAGCAGCUCAUUGGCCAGCACACGGCGCUGAAGACAGCUCAGCGUGGUCUGGAGCAGGAGCACCGCGUGCUGGAGAACAAGUACGCUAUGCUGGUGUCACAGAAGUCUGCCGUGGAGGAGCUGGAGACUGCAGUGCAGAAAGUGAGGGACAAACUUGAGGGGGAGAUCGAGAAGAACUCUCUCAUCCUGACAGAGAACCAGAGCCUGCACAGGGACAUUGACAGGCUGCUGCAGGCACAUGAGCAGCUGAGAAAGGAAUACGAUGGGCUCCAGCUGCAGUCCAAGGACCUGAAAACGUCACUGAACAAUGCACAGCUGGACCUGAACCGGUGGCAGGCCAGAUAUGACCAGCUGAAAGAGAAACACCAGCACCUGGACAUCUCCCACACCAAGCUAGGCAACCACUGUGAGCUGCUGACUCGUCUGAAGGGCAACCUUGAGGAGGAGAACCACUACCUGCUGAGUCAGAUCCAGAUGCUGAGUCAGCAGAACCAGACUCUGCUGGAGCGGACCAUGGAGAGCAAGGACAUGUACCAUGAGGAACAGAAGCAGUAUAUUGACAAGUUAAAUUCACUCAGGCGCCAGAAGGAGAAACUGGAAGAGAAGAUUAUGGAUCAGUACAAGUUUUACGACCCCACCCCCAAGAAGCGGAACCAGUGGGUCGGCGCCAAAGCUCUGGCAAAACUGAUCAAGCCGAAGAAGGAGACUGGGCGCGAGCGCCUCCGCAGUGCCCCCGACAUGCCGCUCCCUGCUCCCCCUCCCCAUGACCACUCUGACGGGCUGCCCCCUCUGCCACCGCCCCCCCUGCCCCCGCGGCAGUCCCGCCGUAGUCUGGAAGGCACGGCACCCCACCCGGGCGGGGACAAGAGCAGCCGCUCGCCCAGCCUGACACCUACGCACAAUAACAGGGCACCCCUAGCAGCCAUACAGUUGUGCCUUCCAAGAACUAAGGUCCAGGAGAAGGUGAAGCCGUCGAGGGGCUGCCUGACGUGGAACUUUCUCUCUGCACUCCUGCGAUUCUGGGCCCCCUCUUCCCCACGCAGGCCUACCUCGCUCGGUGGACAGUCAUGCCAAGGGAGGGGACAGCAUCGAACUGCGGGGGGCAGUGGAGAUGGUGGGACUGGCCACGAGGAGCUGCUUUUGAGGUGCACAAACUCCCCCACCCGAAACAGCACCCCAGGACACACUUCCAGCUCCAGCACCAGGCUGGUGCACAGGCCCAGAGAUGAGCAUGUGCGUCUGCAGUCCUUUGAUGCGGUUUUCGUGACUGGUGUCCAAGGCAACACAGAUUGCUGGCCCAACUCUACGGAAAUCAGCCGAAAUACAUCCAGUAGCAACUCACCCAUCAACUCUAGAGGCUCUGCGGAGCGACUCCAUAGCCAAAGUGGCAGCCUGUCCAGUGAUGACGUCGCCGGCCUGGGCCCCAAAGUGCAGGGCGUCCACGGGGACGCCUCUCUGGGCCGCCACAGCCCGCUUUCAUCGCUGUCUCAAUCCUCCACGCUGCCCUAUGACUCCUCGCCGCAGAGGAGCGGCUCGCGCCCCGCCCGACGUCGUCCCCCGUCCCCUGGCAGCGAGAUGGUCACUCUGGAGGAGUUUCUGCAGGAGACUAACACUCCCCCUGCCCCUGCGGUGCGGAGCUGCAGCCACGAGGACCUGGUGACCGAGUACUUUAUCAAAGCCGGGGAGAGGCCUGGAACCGGCCAACCGGCGCCCCUGAACGACGGAGCCAAGGCCCCCACCAGUUACGUCAGCCCUACUGUGAAAGCUUCAGUCUCCGGUGAGGGUAGGGCUCCCAAGCCAGGGCAGAGUGUCAAGCCCAGCAUCCGUCAGCCAGAGAACCACAUCUCACCCAACGUCCGGGCAGGUGGUGGACCCCAGCGGUCUUCCAACGCCCGAGCUUCCAGUGGCAGUCUGCACCGGGCCUUCAGUCUGGCAUCGGCCGACCUCCUGCACGCCAGCGGACCUGACAGUUACCAGCAGGAGGGCGACCCUCCCCAGUCAGGGGGUGACCCAGCCCAGGCUGAUGUGGUGAGGAGGGCUGGGACCGUCUCCCGAGAGAGGCCUCUCUCCGCCCGGCUGGCUGGUCCCUUCAGUGACUCUAGUGAGGUGGGUCAUCACUCUCUGGAUGCCCGCCGACUGUCCUACGCCCCUCCCAAAGAGCAGCACUCCCUUAGCCCCCGGCACCAUUCCUCUUCUGCCUCGUUGUCUUCCGGCCCAGCGCUGCCAGAGAGGCACAGCCGUGGUGCAGCCAGGACUCACUCACGCCAGACCGCAUCACAUCACCGUGGAGAGGUCGCCAUGGUCACACCGGUGCGGGCGGUGAUGGCCAUGCAGCAGGAAGAGAGGGACGAACCCAGAGAGAUCCGUCGGACAGAAUCUCCUCUUGCGAAGAAACAGGAGGGAGGCGGGGGCAUCUCCAGCACGGAGGAACCCCCCAAGAACACCCCCGGCUCUCCUGAUCCCAGCAGCGAUGCACAAACCGUGUGGUAUGAAUACGGCUGCGUAUGAGCUGUUGAGAAGAACAUCUGAUGCUCAUUUGCAGGAGACCUCAGCUCGGAACCUGUGUGUGUUUUCUGUGUCCAACACCUACAUGAACAAUCAUUAUUUAUAAAGCAUGUAAAAAAGUGGUAUCAUCUAUUGUAAAUAAUUGAGUAAGUCAGUGGGAAAUUGAUCUUGUAAAACAGUAUUUAUUUUCAUUUAAAAAGAGCACGUAAGCUACAUCAGACAGCACAGCACAUAACAGUGUGGUUUGCAUAUUUUUUUUCACGAUGUGAUGCUGUUAUUUUGGCUCUUGGACGUCAUUGGCUCUUGGACGUCAUUGGCUGUUGGACGUCAUUGGCUCUUGGACGUCAUUGGCUGUUGGACGUCAUUGGCUCUUGAUCUCCAACUUAUGUCAAUCCUACAAGAAGUGACUUUUGCUUUACGGAAGUAUUGGCGGAAAUUUCUGAGCCAGUUCAGACGACUAAAUGGCAAAUUAUAUGAACGAAUGUCACACACUGUACCAAGCAUCCAGAUUUUCAUUGAGCCCUUGGAUUUUAUGAACCUUUUACAGAACUGCAGCUUAUCUGGAAGUCACAGCUUCCACGAGUGGCAAAGAAGUUACCGCCUUUUCACCAUCACUGCGUCUGCGCAGCUGUUAAGCAUGCCAACUCUCUUCUACCCAUCCACCUUCCUACUGCUUAUGCCGUUCAAACCUCAAAAUUUAGCAGUAAGUGACACUAGCUGGAUCAGGCCAAAUGAUGGCCUGAUGGUUUAUGCGAAAUGUUGGCGUGUAGUAAUAUCAGUGAAGAUCAUUGAAGUGUAAGAUGAGAGGAAAUAUCUCAGAAUAUAUGUGUGUUACUUCUGGUCUGGAAUUUCAGCUUUGUGUGCACAGCACUGUUAUUCAUGUUCUAUUCUGAUUCAGAAAAACCAAAGUUUGGAAAUGAAAAAAAUAGCCACUCGCAGCGUAAUUACAGCGUAAUUACAACCUCGAGCUGGUGUAGCAGAGGACAGUGUUUGUCCAUCUUAUUGACGACCUCGAGACCUGAUUACUGGAAAUGUCUCCCGCUCUUCGAAAUGUUCUUUUCCUGUUUGCUGUGGGUUUCCUCCGCUCCCCGACCGAUGAACUCUGCUCACAUUUCACAGCUGCUUUUAGGGGGUGCGUGCGUAACUGACAAAGACUGUGCCUUUUAAAUCUCCACAGCCCAUAUCUUGGCAGGGAAAACUUAUUCACCAUGUUCCCCGUCUUCAGGCCAGUGAUCGCUCUGCGUUUUUCUGAUGUUUGUUUUGUCCGUAGCUGAAAUUGUGCACAACAAUUUAUUUUCUUGUAAAUACUAUGCAGUGAUUUUAAUAUGUUUAAAGCACUAAAGCAGGGCUGGGGGGCCUGUUCCAUCGAGGGCGGGGUUUUUAGAAUCACCUCUCAAUCAGCAAAUAAUAAAGCAGUGGGUCUCCACUCCAGUCCCGGGGGCCCACUGUGAUUGGCUGAUUGGCUGAAUUUAGGAAUUAAUGUGGCAACAAGGUGUUUUUUUAAAAGCUGCAUUGCAGUUAAUAGGCUUGUUAUUUAUAAGUACAGCCCACAGAACUGGACUGUGUGUGUGUGUGUGUGUGUGUGUGUUUUGUUCUUGUUGAUUCAGUACAAUAUUGCAGUGUUGGUUAUUGUGCAUACCACAACUAAAAGUUUUCAGAUGAUUACUGUCAUUACAAUAUCAUGUUCUUUAUCUUAAGCAAAAUGCACUGCGUAUAUUUCAGUAAUAUCAUUCAGAUGUGUGAUGGUUUAACAGCUGCCCAUGUGACAGAUUUACAUGUCAUGGAGAAUUUUUCCUGCUGUUUGUCGCUGUCAGAACUUACCCUGAGAAUAAAGUUAUGAAUGAUGGAUCCGUCGCACUUGUUAUACCAAAACUGUAGAAGUAUAGAUGUUGUAAAUUUUCCCAAUUUUAGAAAACAUGUACUUUUAAUACAAAUUGUGUUAUAUAUGUAUUACAAAUGGUGCAGGAUUUUCAGUAGCCUUGUCUGUGCAAAUCUGCUGUAAGAACUGAAUAAAAGCGGUGAGAAAAUCGAAAUGUCACUCUGACACUUAACGUCUAACACAUCAGAUGUCAGAUCUCACUUGUAGUUGUUUCUCAACACCUGCUGCAUCUGUGAAUGAUCCCAGCGAGAAUAUUUUUGUUAAACUCCAGCAAGAUUUGUAAUAAAGGUUUGUUUGCAUCUUGUGUGUUGUUGCACUGCAUGUAAAGCAAAUUUUAAAACUGCACACGGGUAAAACUUAGAUAUUGGUGUGUAAAAUAAAAGUAGUAUGUUAGUUAUGA